AUGGCAUCUACGACCGCCAAUGCCGGCAUCGCAUGCCGCGACAUGGAGACUCUGAUCUCGUGCAUGCGCGAGAUGCCGCAGGCCGACGGCGGUGCGUCGCUGGCAAGCUCACCCCACGUUCUUCGCCGACUCACCUCUCGCCGCUACAUCCACGUCUACACGGUGCGCCUCACGACCGAUGAGCUCCUCCAUCUAGGUGCGCUCAUCCAUUCAGUCUACCAGCGCGUUCCCGGAGGCUCUCGCGGCCCCGGCGCCAUCAUCGUCGUCGACAACGCCUUGGACGCCUUCGAGAAGGUGAGCGCCUUGGCUGCUCAUAUCACGAAUGAGCGCGCCGCGGACACCAUUUACACCGAUGACUUCACCUCUUGUUUCUCUCGGGUGGCCGUUGUUCGCGGUCCUACGCCGCCUCACCUCUGCGAAAACGUCGCCUCAUACAACGCAUCCAUCAAAUCCAGCGCGACCGCCGUGCGCAAGAUCUUCCUGCGCUUUAGGCAGUUAUUCCGCACUGGCCGUGCUAUUUGGCACUCGCACGAGGAUCCUUCACUUCUGGUCGACAUCAUCAAGACGAGCGCUAAUGGCUCACCUCCGAUUGACGCCAUUUCGGUCUUCAACGCUAUCCUAUUCACCGGCUCCACUUCAGCUUCCUCCAGCAAUCAGGGCACAAUAACAUGUGCCGACCCGCGCUCUGGCCAUAAUGGCCUCCCGAAUAUCUGGCCUCACUUCCUCAUGGCUGUACACGGCGCCAAUAACGAGCGCGGUAUCCCGGUUACGUUCUACAGCAGCUGCUCAAUGCGCGUGAAGCUUCACGCCUAUACCAUUAACGACGUUACCGGAAUCCAGGAUCUCUUCCCAGCGCUACUGCCGGAAUCUACGUGGAAACCCAUCCUCGGCCACGCUAUGGAUAAGCUCCUCCUUGCAGUAUUCCGCCUCCUCGCCGGCGGCGACCUCUCUCGCGCAACCCCCACGCGCACCGGCGCCGCCGUAGUCCGAGGGGUGAGGCGUAGACUCGCCAGCGCGCAGCUGGCCGACCAGCCAUGGACAAAGCUGUGCGUCGAUCCGCGCUCCUACACCCAAGCCGCCAUCAUGGCGACAGUGCGCGGCGCGCUGCCGCCAGGCCACCCAAACAACAGCCAGACCACCACCACCACGAACCCUCUCCCCAUCCUCGCCGCCAUCGAGUCCACCAUCCGCAACCCCACCCCGCGAGACCCGGCCACAGCCCUCGCCCGCCUCGCCCUAAACCCAUACAUCGACGACCCAGCAUCGACCCUCCCCUCCCUCUGGGCCGUCCGCGCCGCCCUCAGGUUCCGCGGCACCGACGCCAACAACCUCAGCAGCACCAUCGCCUUGCGCGUCGCCUCCUCCGGCGCCACCCACAUCAUCACCACGCCUCCUCCUCCUUCCAACAACAACAACAGCGCCACCACCACCAACCCCUCCCACCCCCGCACCAUCCAACUCGCCAUCGGCCAGCGCUGGGCCUCCUACAUCCACGCGCUGCACCACCGCGCCACCACUUCGUCCUCCUCCUCCUCAUCCUCGCCGCACGGCUACGGCGUCAGCGCCGCGACGGCGCGGACGUGGAUGGCAGCGGUGCCGGGCGUGAUCGCGGGCGCGGUAGAGGAGUGGGGCGCGGGCGUAGUAGAGAGGAUGCGGCAGCAGGGCGUCGAGGGGGUUUCCGAUGAUGAGGCCGGUCGAGCUAGGAUCAGGGCGGAGGCGGCGGCGGCGGCGAUGCUGGAGAGGGGGGUGAGGAGCGUGGGGGUGGCGGCGAGGGAGACGGAGUUCACGGGGGUGUGUGAGGGGGUUUUGGGUGGGACUGGGGGUUCGGGUUAG